AUGUCUGGCUUUUUGACUGAUGCUGACCUAGAAUAUAUUAUGAAUUUACCCAAUAAUGAGUUCAAUGCAUACAUUGAUGUCCCUGAUGGGGCUAUAUCAGAUGUUGGGGAUGAAGAUAAAGAUGAAACUGCCGAAAUUGAUGAAAGUUCUAAAGCUAUUUCCGAAGCAGCUGUCAUGAAUUUCAUUCAGAUGGUGGAAAAGGAGGAUGGAGCUGAAAUUUCGACGUCAAUAUCUAUAAAUUUCAGCCUUAUGCAGUCAGGAGUUAUUGAUUCUCAGCCAAAAUCAGAUGUAAGUGACAACAAUACAAAUGAAGGAGCACCAUCUACACGUGAGCAGCAGCAACAAACAGAAUGGAAAGGAUCACUUCCACCACCACCAGUAGAGGAAAUGACACCUUUGCAAUAUUAUAAAAUAUUUAUGAAUGAUGAGGUAUUUGAACUCAUUGCUGAGCAGUCCAAUAUCUAUGCUUUGCAGAAAGAUUCAGUUUCUUUGCAAACGAGCAAAAAUGAAGUGGAGCAGUUUGUUGGUAUUUUACUGCACAUGGGCACAAUCAAAAUGCCUUCCAUUCAUUUAUACUGGUCGAAUGAGUGUAGGUAUUCACCAGUAACUGAUGUAGUGAGCAGAACUCGCUUCUUCCAGCUACUGCGGUAUUUUCAUGUUGUCAAUAAUCAAGACUUGCCUGAAGCUAAUAGUAAUCGUGACAAACUCUUCAAGAUUCGCCCACUUUUAUCUGCAUUGCAGUCGUCAUUGAAGACACUCCCUCCAGAAGAAUACCAAGCUGUUAAUGAACAGAUAAUACCAUUCAGGGGUAGAAGCGGUUUGAAACAGUACGUAAGAAAUAAGCCUCACAAGUGGGGCUACAAAUCUUUUACGAGAGCUGGUGCUUCAGGCAUGAAAUUUAUGUUAGCAAAAACACCUGCAGUGAUAGAGGAUUAG